AUGGCACACCCAUCGAGCAACCAGGCGGCGCUGCAGCAGCUGCUGCUGCAGCAGCAGCAGCAGCAGCAGCUGCCUUACACGCGGACCCAAAGGUCCACAAGUCUUAUGAACAUGGGCUCAGGCUACCAGCAGGUCCCUCAGCAAACCUGUACGCGCCUCCCGCCCUUCUUUCUGCGGGGGCCAGAGCCCUCCCUCACGAGUGACAUAGGAGGCCACGGAUACAGUGAAGGCGUUCAAGAUGCCGGAAACCAGUAUAUUCCCGCGAGAUCGCACGCCUCGGGCCCCCCCCCUGGAGGCUCUUCUGUGGCUUUCGGGGCGGAGCGGGAUGAGCCCGGGGCUGCGGCGUACCGGCGAAACCGCCGCAAGUCCACUUUGAAAAUGGUUUUGGUUUCCGUCAUUUUGGUUUCUUUUCUUUGCAACUUCGACCACGGAGUCAUUCCUGCAAUUCUCAGCGAAAUUCAAAAGAACUUCAACAACCAAAUCAAGUUCGUGGAACAAAGCCUGUUCGGCUCCCUUGUCUAUUUCGGGCUCAUCAUCGGCAGCCUCUUCGCCGGCAUUGCUUUGCAAAGCUAUGGAGCGAAGUGGCUUCUCGUGGGAAGUUUGCUCUGCCUUGCCUCUUCUCUUUUCUUCUUCUCGAGCUCAAACAGCCUGUUGCUGAUGUACUUCACGAGGUUCAUAACCGGCCUCUGCCAGGCUGUUCCUGUGGUUUAUUUACCGGUUUGGGUCGAUGACUACGCCCCUGACGGCCAAGUGACGCGCUGGAUGUCUUACACGCAACUGGCCGGCAUUGGAGGAACUGUCAGCGGCUACUUCAUUGGGGGUGUUCUGUCGCGCUUCACGGCGGCGACGGGCGAGAGCGGAUGGCGCACGCCUUUCUUUGUUCAAUCGGUGGCGCUUGUCCCAGUUGUGCUGCUGAUUGCGGCAUUACCGGCUACCCUUGUGAAUUUGCCGGACAGAAGCCAAGCCAGGCCGGAGAGACAGAGGACUGGCCUUAGUACCAUUGGAGAAACGGACGCCUCCGGGCAGUCUUGCAUGCACAACUUCUUUUCCGCAUGGACUGAAGUGAAGUCGCUGCUCAGAAAUCCCCUUUAUGUCGUCGUCACCAUGGGCAUGAGUGCCUUGUACUUCGUAGUUACUGGCAUUCAGUUUUGGGUGACGGAGUUUUUGGUUUCCGUUCUUCACUUCCAAAAACUCUCUGUUGUCGCUCUGAGCACCUUCUGCUUCCUUACCGCUCCAACUUCAGGCGUUUGGUUUGGCGGUUAUGUUUGCGACCUUUGUGGAGGCUACCGAGGAGGCGGGCAGCAGCGAGUGGCUGUGAGGGUCACAACUCUUUUUGCCGGAAUCGGAGCAACUUUAGCUGUGACCUGCAUCUACGUUGAGUCCUUUAUUCUGUUUGCACUUUUGCUCUGGGGUUGCCUCUUCUUUGGAGCUGCCUUGGUGCCAGUCGCCGUUGGCAUCCAGCUGGCGAGCGUUCCCUUCCACCAGCGCAGCAUUUCAUCUGCUCUAAGUCAAUUCGCGUACAACAUGUUUGGCUGGUUUAGUGCGCCGCUGCUCUCCGGCGUGGUCAUGGAUUUUAUAGACUGGUGCCACCCAGCAGGCGGCAAAGAGCUUGCACUGAGAUUUGGAUUUGAAAUGAUUUUGUGGGUUUCCGUUGCUGGCUUCAUGCUCUUCGCUGUGGCCAAUACACUGGUGCGACCCACAUUUCCCUCGGAAGACAUUGAAAAGGAAGAGCUGGAGCUCCAGCUUGCACGGACGCGAAUGCCAACAUUGUCUUUUUAA